UGAACAAAACAAAUGUUUUGAUGCCGGGGAGAAGAUUAAAUUAAUUAAAGUUUCCACACGCUACUGUAGUUUAAAGUUAUUAAGAAAUGUUUGUAUUAGCUGAAAUGAAAGAUGUUAUACGAGUAACUCCUGACAAUUUUCACCAAAGCUUGACUGAUUCUAUUACUACGUUAUUAAAUAGAAAACUUGCAAAUAAGGUUGUCUUAAACGUUGGUCUAUGCAUAGCAUUAUUCGAUAUCACAGAGAUUGGACAUUCUUACAUAUUCCCUGGUGACGGUUCGUCCCAUACAGAAGUUAAAUUUCGUUACAUAGUGUUUAGACCAAUAAUAGAGGAAAUCAUUAUUGGCAAAAUUAGAAGUUGCAGCAGAGAAGGUGUACAUGUAACUUUAGGAUUCUUUGAUGACAUUUUAAUACCGGUGAAUGCCCUCCAACACCCUUCAAGGUUUGACGAGACAGACCAGGCGUGGGUCUGGGAGUACCCUAAAGAAGAUGGAGAGAAACAUGACUUGUUCAUGGAUUCAGGUGAACCUAUAAGAUUCAGAGUAACAAGUGAAACUUUUGAAGAGAGCCUACCUACUGGGCCUCCUGGUACAGAAUGUCCAGUACAAACAGUAGCUCCAUACAGGUUAAUAGCUGGAAUCAAUGAGCCUGGACUAGGGCUGCUGACCUGGUGGGAAGCUCCAGAUGCAGAGGAAGAUGUGGAGGACAUUGAUGAACAGGAGAAUGAUGAAUAAAUAUAGAUAUAGGCAAUGAAGUCGUUUUUUUAAACCCUCAACAAGGAAAGGGAUAAAAUUACCGUCAUCAUUUUCGUUUUUAGUUUAAAUCCUCAUGCAUAAAUCUAUCUGAAGUCUAUAUGAUAAUAGAAACUA